GCGCCGCUGCCGCUGCCAUGUCCUAGCGCCCGGGACCCGCCCGCUCCAGCCGGUGAGUAACGCGCCCCGCCGGCUCCAGCGGCCUCGGGAGAGGGCUGCGGCGCCGCCUGGGAGCCCCCGCGGGUCCCCGACAUCCAGAGCUACCUCCCCCCCUCCGUGUGCACCGCCUCUCGAGGCUGAAACCAAACCGAUCCGGUUCCUGCGGGCCCCCCAGCAGGGCACCCCGUGAUGAGGGGUGGGGGCCCGGUGAGGGCCGCCGAGAGGCCCGUAUAGCUUUGAAACGUGGGGGGCCUCCGCGACCCCUCGCCUGGCCGUGCAAGGGCACCGGGCACCCCGGCGUGGGGCUCACGGCCACGUCCCCGCUGAAGAGCCGAACUUACAGCAGCCCCGUGGCCCGGACCCUGCUCAGAGUUGGCGUUUCCUGAAAUAAUAAGUCCGCUUCUGUCUGAUCAAAGCUUCUCCAGGGACCAUUUCCAACAAAAAUGGCAGAAAAGGUGAAUAACUUUCCACCGCUCCCGAAAUUUAUUCCUCUGAAACCUUGCUUCUACCAGAACUUCGCUGAUGAAAUCCCCAUAGACCAUCGGACUCUGGUGAAGAGAAUCUACCAUUUAUGGAUCUUUUACUGCAUCACGCUAUUGGUGAAUCUUAUUGCCUGCCUGGCAUGGUGGCUUGCUGGUGGUUAUCCUGUCAACUUUGGCUUGGCCAUCCUUUGGCUUGUUCUCUUCAGCCCUUGCAGUUACAUAUGCUGGUUCCGACCCGUAUACAAAGCCUUUCGGUCCGACAGCUCCUUUAAUUUUAUGGCCUUUUUCUUCAUCUUUGGCGCCCAGUUUAUUCUCACCUUCAUACAAGCGAUUGGUAUCUCUAGAUGGGGAGCGUGCGGAUGGUUAGCAGCAGCUACUUUUUUCAGUACCAACGUUGCAGCUGCUGUGUUCAUGCUGUUUCCUGCCAUCAUGUUUACAAUGUGUGCGGUUGCAAUGUUCUUCUGUCUCCUAAAGGUGCAUAAAAUCUACCGAGGAGGUGGUGGAAGCUUUCAGAAAGCCCAGGAUGAGUGGAACAGUGGCGCUUGGAAGGACCCCCCGAGCAGGGAAGCUCAGUACAAUAAUUUUUCUGGAAACAGCCUGCCAGAGUAUCCCACAGUGCCCAACUAUCCCACAGGAAAUCAAUGGCCUUAAACAGCAAGUGGCUGUCAUGCUGUCUGGAUCAUCUCUUCUCUUGGUCUCUUCAUUAUUAUCAUUAUCAUCAUCAUCAUUAUUAUUUGAAAAGGUCAUUUGCAUUUCCCCCCCCCCCCCCCAUCUUUGGGUGUUUUGUUUUUUGGGGUGUUUUUUUAAUCCCCUCCUCAUGACUGCAAAUGAUCUGUGCUGUCAGCCUGUGCUGCAUCUAGAGCUUUGUAUGUCACUGUUGGAACAUUUCAUUUUGUGCACAGUUGCCAGUAUUCACCUUGUUGCAGACCAAGGAACCAGUCACUGCCCUUGCUUGGGGAAUCUGUCAAUGGUCAUAUGUGGAAAAGGCUGACUAUCCCCAUCA